CUAUACCUGUGCUACGUCUUCGCAACAUGAUCACGAUACCUAGACAAAGGCGUGCCACCGUAGGCUAAGGGCGUAUAAACCUCCAACAGUUACGAACAAGUACGAGAUGUAUAUCCUUUUAGCCUGUCCCAUCCUCGCCCUCUCUUCUCUUGCUUGCUACGAAAAAUCUACACCACCCUCGAUCUUGACGGAAAGCGUCAUCCGCCUGAGAAUUGCCAAUCGAGGCUGAAAGAGCACAUCUGUCGUACGCGUCGUAAAAGUGCACCUCUUUUAGACAACCGCCAUGUCUAUAACUACGCUCGCUGAGGACGAGGUGCCUCAGGCGUCGGCUAUGACCGAUCUCCUCAAGGACGCCUUGACUCAUGCGCAAAUAAUCAAACCCGCUGCCACUAUUGAGCCACCUCUCACAAAGUCCAACUUCGAGUCUUUCGUUGUUCGCCUACCGGCCAUAUUCCCUAGUUUAGCGCCAGACUCUACUUCUGAAAGCAAAGACUCAGAGAAAGUCAGGUUAUACGCCACCGUCGAGACCGCUGCGCGGAGAAUCUUUAGCUCAAUGAUCGCUAGCACAUCUAUCGACUCCCCUGGGUUUGUCCGAGUAUGGAAUCUUUUUGACCUCCUUUCAAUUUUAUCCGAUAACGAGCAAUGCGACCCAGCCCUUCUUUUCUGGCUUGUAGAAGAGCUCCUUGACAGCCAAACUGUUGAUGGUUGUCGCAAAGUUUUCGACUUUCUCGAGUCUAGACGGGAACGGAUAACAGCCAAGAAUCUCAAGCAGAAGUCACUGGUCAUCCUAAGAUCCUGCAAUGACUUAUUACGAAGAUUGUCGCGUGCUGAAGAUGCCGCCUUCUGUGGACGAGUGUAUAUCUUUAUGUUCCAGAGUAUCCCUCCCGGCGAUCGAAGCUCGGUUAACUUACGUGGCGAAUACCACGUAGAAAAUGUGACGGCUUUCGAGGAACCUCCUGCCGCUUCGGAUUCGCCAGUUCCAGACAAAAUGGAUAUCGAUCCCGAAAGCGGCCACCCAAAAAGCGAUGGUAAAGACGUCAAAUCUGCAACAAAAGCCGUCUCCUUCGAGGCUAAAAUCAAGCCUGACUCGGAUAAAAUCUUGGACACAGACUCACUCUACCCUAUCUUUUGGUCACUACAGCACUUCUUUAGUCAACCUACCACCCUUUUUGACCAGUCUGAGCUCGCCAAAUUCAAGAGCGGUAUAGAAGCUACUAUGACUGCAUUCGAGUCGGUUGAGAAGAUACAGAAAAGUGGGAAAGGGCCUGACGAACAUAAGUUAAUACCUCAGAAAAGGAAAGCGGCGGAGGCGAACGAAGAUUUGCGUAGUACUAACAACAACCCAAAAUAUCUUACCAGCAGAGAACUAUUUGAACUAGAGAUUAGUGAUCUGUAUUUUCGACGUCACAUUCUCAUUCAAGCCUUCAUAAUAUUAGAUUUUCUGUUGUCUCUCACACCCCAGGCUAGGGCGAAAAUCGCAAACGUCCAGCAAAACAGAUCGGUUGUCUACGCAGAUAAAAAUCUAGGAGAAGACAAUGAAAUUUGGGCCAAAAAGAUGAAAGACCGUAUCACAAGUUACAUUCAGGCAGACUCGGAUGGGUUCUUUUUUUUCAGGGUAGUUGAAAGUGUCAUAUCGAGAGAUAAGGGGUGGGUUCGAUGGAAAGUUGAGAAUUGUCCUCCGAUUGAAAGGCCCUCAGUUUCUCCUGUUGAGUUUAACGAGGCAAAAGCGGGCGCCAAACGUCUCGCGACCAGCAGAAGGCCCAAGGCGGGCAUGAAUUCGCUUUCCCUUGCCUUUAUGGAUGAGAGGGACGACAACCAAUCUUUAGAAAGACUGAAAGAUCCGGCGAAAUGGCGGCUUCCUGAUCUGGCAGAGUUUAAAAAUAAGAUCGCCAGUGAUGAUCUUGAUCUCGAUUUUGCGAACAGCGAGAAAGAAAAGACGCAACUUCUCGAGUCAAAGGCGAGUAAAACAUGGAGGGCCUUGAGAAUUGCCAGGCGAUCCAGGCUUGCCGCGUUCGAUAAAAUUGAUGAUUGGAAAAACGUUGAUGUGAUUUUCCAAGAAUCAGUUGCUGAAGAAGAGCAACAAGAAGGAGAAGACAGGGCUGACCAGGGGAAGCGCCCUAAAAACACAACGCCAAUUAUACUGUCUGGAGCAAGCGGUGUCGGUAAAUCAACGCUCACAUCCUUACUGCUAGAAAGACAAAAGGGGAUCUUCAACAAGAUUGUACGACACACGACCCGAGCCGCAAGGGAUGGCGAAGUCAAUGGUCAAGAUUUCCAUUUUGUCGACAUGAAGACUUUUAACACCAUGCUAGAUGGUGACUAUUUCCUCGAGUCCAGCAAUGACAAUGAAGUUCAAUACGGUACAAGUCAGAAGCUCGUCAAUGCUCCAGAAGCAUUUGAGAAGGUCGCUCUUAUUCAACUUGACCAAGAGGGCACGCAAAUAGCUAAAGACAACGGGUUCUCUGCCAGGAUUGUCUUCAUAUCCCCGCCCAGUCCAGAGGUAUUAGAAGCCCGUCUGAGGAAGAUUGAAGGUCUGUCAGAAGAGGAAGUUCAGCAGAAGCUUAAGGCUUCUCAAGAAGAAAUUGAGCAGUCAGGUUCUAGUAGCUUGUACGACCGAGUGAUCAUAAAUGAUGAUCUGGAAACUGCUUACAAAGCACUGGAAGAGUUCAUAUACGAAUUUCCCAAUGGCGUUCAUGAAGCAACGUCGACUGAUGAGGACACUGCGAUGAAAGAUGAAACCAACGACGAUGAUGCAAACUCAUCAUAGGGAGAUCACUAGAAGUCUCAUGGACAAACAUGAAAUAACUCAACUAGCAGCCCAUCUAUUGUUGAUGGUCGCCAGCUAUCGGUAUAAACACAUCAGGGGAUGCAAGGAUGGACUAUGUUCGUUAUAGACCGCAAUACGAUACCCAAUAAUUCAUGGUUCCUACAAAUAAAAUUAAUUGAUAUUA